GAAAAUAGUCGGGUCGGGUCGGGUCAAAUCGAGUUUCAGGAGCUUCAGAAUUCUUCUUGACAACGUCACCUAUAUAUAGAGGCGGGACGAUCGAAUCGAAUCUAUCAAAAACAGUCCCAGAGAGAGAGAGAGAGAGAGAGAGAGAUUGCAACAGUUCGAUAAUGGCCGAAUCAACCGAAGAACUCGAACCUCUCUUCGAUUACCACCGUGUUCAACCCUUCGAUGUUGUCUGCCUCGACGAUGAUUGUUCAGAUUCAUCCCCAGCUUUCUCUCCCAAACGAAUGAAGCUUUCGUAUACCGCUGUUGAGACGGUAGAUAAGAAUGAGAAAUUCAUGGAGGUUGUUGAUUGUGAAGAUAAGGAAGAGGAUGAUUGGCUACCUCCACCUCCUAAAGUUUCAGCUGAUACACUGAAACUCGGUGAGGAUUCAACUAUAAAGGAGUUGAGGUUAAAGAAGCAGGAACUAGCGUCAUUCGCCAAGUCAGCUGAAGAUGUCUUCCGUGCUGUAGAACAAUCUGUGAAGAGAGAUUUUAAUACUUCUUCUGUGCAGCUUGCUAUAGAAAGUGCUGCUGACCAGCCGUCAAAGCCUCCUUGUGAAAGAGCUAAAAUAGUUAUUUCAAUACAGGAGAAGGAAGGAAUCAAGCAAUUUCGAGUUUACAAGGAUGAUAAGUUCGAGCGGCUAUUCAAGAUGUAUGCAGAAAAAAGUAAGCUUGAGUUACAAAAAUUAGUUUUUUGUUUUGAUGGGGAUAAAAUUAGUUCAACAGCAACUCCUGAUGGCCUGGGGAUGGAGGAUGAUGACAUUAUUGAAGUGCACGUGAAGUCGAACUGAUUGAAGUUUUCACUUCACCGGCGGCACUGACUUGACUUUGUGUUCUUGUAUGAGCUCCAUGGUUAUAUUGUUGAAUUAUUUUCAAUCUCUUUUGAUAAAUGUCUUCUUUGAUUUGUUGAUUAGUCAACUUUGGCGUCAAAGGUGUGUAUAGCUUCGAAGGAUGUUUUUGCUGUAGUAGUUUUGAAGAAAGCCUCUAAUCAUGUAAAGACAACAUGUGGUUAAGAAAGAACAACUUUCACCCAAUUAUUCAUCCUCGUGUAAUCGUUUACAUUUCGAAAAUGCAUGUUAAUUAUCCGUUCUUCUAUUUGUACGGGAAUAUCAUGUGAGAGGAUUGUGUGUAGAUCUGUGAUAUGUUAUUUUAUAUUUAACAGA